AUGACUCAUUUAUCGAAUAGUCUUUUGAAGAAUCUUUGUCCUUUCGUUUGUCCAUCAGACAGUCAGUUCAUUCGUUCAUUUGUAGGCUCGUACAAUCGUACACUUGUACAUUCAAUGUUUGUCUUCUUUUUGUUCUUCUUAUUAAAAGCAGGACAUGUAAACUUGGUUUGCUUUGUUCCCAUCUAUGGACUAGCAGUAAUAGAGCUACAAAUCAUGUCGAGUUAUUUGUGUAACUGUGAAUUAGUUGUAUUUCUCAAAAGCCGUUUGGCAGACAGCUGUUGUGUUGUAGAGAAAGCUUCAUGCUUUAAGUGUGCAAAAUGUAUUGCUUAUUCUGCAGCCCAGAGAUGGGUCAUACGGUAUUUUGAAGAUCAUAAAAGCAUUUUCGAAGCGAAGAAACCAGGUCGUCCUUUAAGAAAAGCAACGAGGAAAAGAUUCAGAAAAGAUAUGACUGGGUUCAGGAGUGGCAGCAAACUGACCUGGACUUUUAUUACAAAAUGUGUCUUUUCUGAUGAAUCCGCAUUUCAUAUCAAUUUGAAGCAAAGUAUGGUUUGGCUAAAGAAGGGUGCUCCUGCAAUAGUUACUAUGCCUACAACUAAAACGUAUCCAAGAUCUAUUUUAGGUGAAAUAUCCGCAAAUGGCUUAAUUAAUCUUAGUUUAAGAGUUCCAAGACCCAUCACAAAGAGAAAGCCUGGACGUGCUGAUGAUGCCCAUAACAUGGGAAAAGUGGCAGAUGUUUUGACAAGUGUCUUAACACAGAAAAGUUAUAAAAUGCGAAGUACAGAAAAAUAUUGA